CAGUGGGACAGACAGUAACUAAUAGUGUACACAAGGCUGACAACUGUCUGAUCCAUAACUAGAACUAGGAUACUACAGAGCUUAUUAUUUCAGGUAGUUUGGUGCAGUGUGUGGGUUGCACAAGUCAAUGAGGUGAAGAGAACUGUGUGGUGCACUGGGCAGUAAUUGUUACACUGUGUGGUGCACUGGGACUAACCAGCUCUGUGUGGUGCAGGGGGGUUGGCACUGCACAGGACUUUCUCUUGGCUUUAUCUGCUGCCAUCUGCACCCCUCACACCAUAUCUGCACCCAGCCUCAUGUGUAGGAGAGGCAGGAAGCCAGAAGAGACAUACACCAGCCUGUACAAGGCUGAAGAACUGACACAAACACCCAGGAAAUCCAUCACAAAGAAGAGAUGGCUGAAGGACGACAUUGCAAAGUGCACCUUCUGGAUGACAGGAUGCUGGAGUUACUGGUACAGCCUAAACUCCUUUCUCGUGAAUUACUGGACCUUGCAGCUUCUCACUUUAAUUUAAAAGAAAAAGAGUAUUUUGGGAUCUCAUUCCUUGAUGACACAGGUCAGUAUGCCUGGCUACAACUGGAUCAGAGAGUCCUUGACCACGAUUUACCAAAGAAGGCAGGUCCUGUGUCCUUGCAUUUUGUUGUAAGGUUUUACAUUGAAACAAUUUCAUUUCUAAAGGACACUACUACAGUGGAGCUUUUUUUCCUGAACGCAAAAUCGUGUAUAUUUAAGGGACAAAUUGGAGUAGAUAGUGAAACUGUCUUCAAGUUGGCUGCACUCAUUCUCCAGGAAGCUCGAGGAGACUACACCAGUGAUGAUAACGCAAGGAGAGAUCUGAAGCUUUUGCCAGCGCUGCCCACCAAAACCCUGCAGGAACAUCCUUCUCUCACAUACUGUGAGGACAGAGUAAUCGAACACUGUAAAAAACUAAAAGGUGUAACAAGGGGACUGGCUAUUGUCCGGUACAUGAGAAUCGUGGAAGCCCUCCCUACAUAUGGUGUGCAUUACUACAAAGUAAAGGACAAACAAGGAAUUCCGUGGUGGUUGGGUAUCAGCUACAAAGGCAUCGGCCAGUACGAUAUUCAAGAUAAAAUAAAGCCAAGAAAGUUAUUUCAGUGGAAGCAGCUAGAGAAUCUGUACUUCAGGGACAAAAAGUUUGCAGUUGAAGUUCACGAUCCGCGCAGAAUAUCUGUAUCCAGACGAACCUUUGGACAGAGCGGCCUCGUAGUACAAACGUGGUAUGCAAACAAUUCUCUGAUCAAAUCCAUCUGGGUGAUGGCAAUAAGUCAACAUCAAUUCUACCUGGACAGAAAGCAGAGCAAAGCAAAAAUUCCCACAGCAAAAAGUAUGGACGACAUAGCAGUGGAUCUGACAGACACCGGAACGUCUCGGGUUUGUAAGCUGGUAGAUGGGAAGAACCCACUGAUUAUGGCCAGCAAUGGCAGCUUGAUAUCGUCAGGUUCCCAAGAGUCAGAAGUCAGUGAUGAGCAAAAAGCAGAAAAAAUCCUUGAAUUAAAGAAAAAAGAGAAGGCGUUGCAAGAUAUUCUACUGAAAAAAAUUGACGAAUUGAAGAAGAUUUGUCUGCGAGAAGCUGAACUGAUAGGCAAACUGCCAGCUGAAUAUCCUCUAAACGCUGGUGAAAAACCACCACCUGUCCGAAGACGAAUGGGCACCACAUUUAAACUGGAUGACUUUAUUCUGCAGAAUGAAGAGGAUCCUGCACUACAAGAACUGGAAAGAAAAUUCCUCAUCCAGCAACAACUGGUAGAAGCCACCAAAAGAUUAGCCACAGAGUCAGACCUGGGCAAAAACGUCAAGAGGAAAAGAAAACAAGACUAUAGCGACGCCAUUAAAAUACUGCAGGAACUGGAAAGCACAAUCAACGAAUUCAGAGUCCGGAGUGGGAAGGACCCUACAAAGAGGGCAUCUCUGAUAAUUCAAGAUGACAUUAUUCCGUCAGAGAGUAGUUCCCUGUCUGAUACCACCACGCUGGAUGAUGAUGACUCACUUUAUCUGCACGGACAGAUAUUGGGCUCCACACAGAAUUCUCCCAAAUUCCGACUGCCCAAAUCUCUUUCCAGAAAAUCCUCCCUCAAUGAUCAGUUUUCAGACCUGCGCCUGUCAAGAGAUCCGUCUUCCACGCACAGCAGCCCGUAUAAAACUCCAGAGAGAAAAUCUCAUGGGGGCCGCAGCAUGCCGUCCACCCCCGUGCUAACACGCAACGCAUACAGCAGCAGCCACCUCCACAAUGAAGGCACGCCUCACUACAACAGACAGAGGCGAGGCAGCUUGGAAUCACAUACGCCACUGGUUUGCGAAACUACUGAUGGGAAAGCCACAGUCACCCUCUCCAAAAGUCACAGAAGUAACAGCACAGAAGUUCUAGAUGAUGGGUCAUCGUACACCAGCCAAUCAAGUUCUGAGUACUACAGUACUCCCCCAAAACAACACCCUUGCUACAAUACGCAGACUCUGGAUAACCGCUCACGGGACCGUAGGAGGCACAAAAAACAGAAUUUCUCCACUACUAGCUCAGGGAGUAUGCCGAAUUUAGCACAGAAGGACGCUCGAAACAGUGUCUACCAAAUGGCUCAGAACCAACCUUCCUCAAGUUAUUAUAUUACCGGAUACAGCGGUUACCCUGAUGGAGACCCCUAUUAUAAUGGAGCUUAUAUUUAUGAAAACGACACAGAGGGACAGUAUAGCGUAAAUCCCUUGUAUCGUACAUCCGUGCCCUAUGGAUAUGAUCAUUACAGAGAUGCACGAUAUGACGGAGAUCAGUUUAUACCUCACAACCCCUAUGCAACGCUAAGGCUUCCAAGAAAAAAACCUGCAAAAACAACUGAACAAAUAACCAAAAAUAUCCACAAAGCCAUUGUAGCAGAGCAUUUGCGCGGAUGGUACCAGCGAGCCUCGUGCCACAAAGACAACACCCACGAAACGGUUGAAACAGAUUGGGGAUCCCAGAGAAGCUUGUGUUUUUCUUCCACGCAAGUCCCAUCUUCUCCCAGAGCUCCCUCAUGUGCAUCAGUGUCUUCCACAAGCACAACUGCAAGUCGCCGGAUCCAGAACAGCACCAUGGGAUACAACACGGUAUCUCAUCCUAUGUAUACUAGUUACACUACUGCGUAUAGCAGCACAACAUUACCGAGCAGAGCUUUAUACACUUACGCUACUCAGUUGGAAGGAACUUCAGACAUUGUCCCAUUAUCCGAUGGACAACUUCCUGCAGAUGAAGACCUCUUGUGGCAUGAAGAUUCCAAGCCAGGAACUUUAGUAUGAAAUAAUAUUUGGUGACAUCUCCAACCACCAACCUCCCGUGCCUUGCACAGUUUGCAAUUUUUCUAAUCCACCAAGGAUCUAAAAUCAUUUAAACCAACUGGACUCCACUUACAGUUCCAAACUGAUGGGAUUGGCAAGGCACAAACGCACCCUUUCUAGCACUUGACUUUUUAUUUUCUUCACAAAGACGACAAGCACUUUGCGGAACUUGUGUGAACAAUUUUGUAAGGAAAAUCUCAGAAACUGUGAAAACGGAAAACGAUGUUAAAAAAAAAAAAAAACACCAUUUUAUCUCAAGAGCACAAAAUACAGAGGAUGGUGAAUCGAUUAAUCGCCAAAGUUGGGCUCAAACAAAGAAAUUGACAGUAUUGGAGUUUAAAAGUGAAGGAUUUUAAAACAGCAGCAAACAAGAGGCUUGUGGUCUAUUUAUUUAGUUUUCUUAGCGCCACUCAAGUUGUAUCUGAGAGUUUAGUUUGUAACAAUCGUGUAAAUAUUGGGACUGUACAUAGGGCGAGGGAGACUUUUAUUACUUGCUUCCGUCACCACUUGCUUUAAGAACAAGGUACAGAUGUUUUUUUAUCUGUUCAUCAAACAUUUUAUAUGGAAUGCACAAUGAUCUGCUGGCCAGGUAUCACAACCAUUCACUUUUAUUAUUUGCAAUAGAAAGGCAUUGGCUCAGAUGUCAGUAUUUGGUUAUAAUAUAAUAAGACUACAGUCAAA